CGGCUGCGCUGAAAGCAAGCCACACGGACGAGGAAGCACCUCGGCGCAAACCGAGCACGCAAACCGAAGACGAGCGAGAAGAGCGGAGACGUAAACGUGAACCCAAGCACACACCAUCCGAAGUUGAAGAGCGGAGAGAGCGGAGACGACGAGAGAAGCAGCACCGGACCGAGCAGAAGAAGCGGCGCGUCGUUAGUGGGCCACUGGCAGAAGAGGGCGGCAUUGAAGACGAGGACGAAUACCGCUACAUGAUGGAGAAGCGUGGAGGUGGUGGCAAAACACCCACAGUGUACUCGGAAGAGGAGCUCGCAAGGAAGAAGAAGCGGAAGCGCAUCAUCAUCGUCGUACUGUCAGUCAUUCUCCUGCUGGCCAUCAUCAUACCCGUCGCUGUUGUCUUGUCAGGCAACAGCAGUAGCAACAGCAGCUCUUCCGGAAGCUCGUCUGGAGGAGGCAGUUCAGGGCCGUCCAACAGCAAUCUGGCUGGCAAGGACCGGAACAGCGUGCCAGAACAGUACCGUGGCGGCAUAUUGGACCCAUGGUCUUGGUAUGAUACUGCUGACUUUAACGUCACUUUUACCAGUGAAACCGUAGGAGGCCUCCCCAUCAUAGGCCUCAAUUCGACGUGGGACGACUCUGUCCAAGCCAACCCUUCUGUACCCAAGCUGUCCGACAAGUUUGACUAUGGCAAGAUGCCGAUUCGGGGCGUCAACGUUGGCGGCUGGCUCAACCUAGAGCCUUUUAUCACCCCAUCCUUCUUCUCGCAGUUUGGAUCCAAGGACGGGAUCGUGGACGAAUGGACCUUUACCAACAAGCUCGGGCCCGGUCCCGCCAAAUCUACGCUGGAGAAGCACUAUUCGACAUUUAUCACGAAGCAGUCGUUUAUUGAGAUCCGCGAGGCCGGGCUGGACCACGUGCGCUUUCCGUUUGGCUACUGGAUGGUGCAGACGUACGACGGCGACGUAUACGUGCCGCAGGUGUCGUGGCGCUACCUCCUUCGCGGCAUUGAAUACUGCCGACAAAACGGCCUCCGCGUGAACCUCGACCUCCACGGCGCACCAGGCAGUCAGAACGGCUGGAACCACUCUGGUCGACAAGGCGUCAUUGGCUGGCUCAACGGUACCAAUGGCGACCAAAACGGCCAGCGCACCCUCGACGUGCACCACAAACUCUCCGUCUUCUUUGCCCAGGACCGCUACAAGAACAUUGUCACCAUGUACGGCCUCGUCAACGAGCCGCGCAUGGUCGAACUCGACACGCAAACGGUGCUCAUGUGGACCCAAAAGGCCAUUGACCAGAUCCGGUCCGACGGCAUCAAAAGCAUCAUCAUCUUCGGCGACGGCUUCAUGGGCCUUGACAACUGGCAGGGCAAGCUCCAGGGCAACGACAACCUCCUCCUCGACGUGCACCAAUACGUCAUCUUCAACACGGACCAAAUCAAACUCAAGCACCGCGACAAGCUCAACUUUGCCUGCGAAGCCUGGACCCAGCAAUCCAAACGCAGCAUGAACAAGCAAACGGGCUUCGGCCCCACCAUGUGCGGCGAAUGGUCCCAAGCAGACACGGACUGCACGCAGUACAUCAACAACGUCGGCACCGGCACCCGCUGGGAAGGCACGCUGCAAUCCACCGACAAGUCGGGCGCCGUGCUCGCCCCGCAAUGCCCGCUGCAAUCCUCGCAGUGCUCGUGCACCCAGGCCAACGCCGAUCCCUCGUCCUACUCGGCCGAAUACAAAAAAUGGCUUUACCAGUUCGCCAUUGGCCAGAUGGAUGCUUUUGAGGCUGGCUGGGGCUGGUUCUACUGGACUUGGCAGACCGAAUCAAGUCCCCAGUGGAGUUACCGUAUGGGCAGGAAAGCUGGCAUCUUACCGGACAAAGCGUAUAAUCGCGACUGGAAGUGUCCGGGCGGCGGCGUCGAUAGCCUUGAUACGUUUCCCGGGCUGAGUGAGGUGUACAAGAGGAAUGAUAGUGUGGGCGUCUUGGGCUAGUCUUGUGUUGUGUUGUGGUAGUAGUGAUGGACGUGCCGGUUGUGGUCGGGGAGGACAAGAUGCUGUGCCUGUGUUUAUUGACAUGGUUUCUCUCUUUUUUUUCUUCGCUUUUUUUUUCUUUCUCGAGUUUAUAUACGUGCAUGCAUAUAC